AUGCGGCGCCCACGCCUUGUCGCCCCGCGGCGAGCGCCCCACCACUCGCCUCCACCUUCACCGACGGGCAGUGGGGCAAAUGCAUCCCCACGUCGUGCUACACCAACCCUUACAAAGCAAUUCUUCGCCUCUCCAGUGCUCGUGAGUUGGCAGUGGUCUAGGCAGUUACUCUGGGUCCCGUGCAAGGCGCCGCCUUCGGCCAAGGCCCCGCCCGCGCGGUUCCGGCCUCGUCGACCAGGCACAGACUACCCCGUGUUGGCGCGCGUUCCCUACACCAACUUCUACUGCGACGACCAGCGCUGGCCGGGUUUCUUCGCCGACCCCGAGACACGCUGCCAGACCUGGCACUACUGCGACAUCGAUGGCAGACAGGCGACGUUCCUGUGCCCGAACGGCACGCAGUUCUCGCAGGCCGUGUUCGUGUGCGACUGGUGGUUCAACGUGCGCUGCGACCUGAGCCGCGCGCUCUACGCCAUCAACGCGCGCCUCUACGGUCCGCCCAGGCCGGACCCCACGCGCCCGCACCGCCUCAUCACCAAGGACCUGCUCGACAACAUCUUCGUGUAGCCCUCCCGCCCGCCGCGCCCGACCCCACAGUGCUUCCUCAGUCGCGUUACGCAACGGACGACCCUGGAGAAAUCUACCGCCUCCGUUUGUGUACAAAAGAUGUGUCUGUCAUCUUUCUGCAAAGUCCGUUUCUUGUUAAUCGAUAACAAACAAAUGAAGAAGCACUGGACUUGGGAUAGACGUUUUAACCCUAAUUUUUG